AUGCCAAUUCCAAUCAGCACAAUUACCAGCUUCCGCACAACCUUCAACCCCUUCACAGCAGCCUCGCGGCCCUGCCGGCUCUUUCUCACGCUGCUGCGCACACCGACCACCGUGCCAACGAGCAGCCCGACCCACAUCGAUAUCAAGGUGACGCAGUUGCCGCGGAACUCGACACAGCCGCCCGUCAUGACGGUGGGCUUCAAGGGCGGCAAGGAGCUUACUCUGGAAGUUGGAAAGCGCGGGCUGAAGAUUGGGGAUGUUGUGGAGGAGGUUUCGCGCGUUGGGCGUGCCCUGGAACGCGAGGCUAGUUUGAAGGGUUGA